UUGAGACGGGUUGCUGGGGAAAGUCGGCUGGCGAGCACGGUAUCUACAUCGGGCGACGGUCACCAGAAAUCCGUGGGCACGAGGGCUUCCUCCAAGGAGCUCCCUGACCUGGGAGAACUCGUCGCUGUGGUUCAACAGAGCAAGCAGCGCUUCCUCUCGACGGACGGAAUCCCCCCUACGCAGCUCGUCAUCGCAGCCUUGAAAACGUGCCAAGCCGCCGCAAAUGCGAUUCAACCCUAUCUGGCCAAGUCGGAGAAUCGUCCGGCCUCGAGAUUCACGGCGUCGACCUCGUCAAACCUGUUAUCCCUGGACUCGAACUCGAAUGCAGCUAAAUCUGGUAGCACGUCGAUCCCGUCAGUCUCCGUCAAGGAUACAGUCGACACAAUAUCCGAGUCAGCAUACGAAAUUAUCGCCCACCCCACUGUAUCCAUUGGUCCCCAGGUCUUGGAGAUGUACGUAAACAUCCAAGCUAGGCUUGGCAGGCCCGAGACACUUCCCCAAGUUUUCGAAAUGUAUGCGUCAAAGCCCAAACCCAAGGCAGUUGAGGGUUCAAUCGCCUAUAUUCAGCAAAACCCAAAGAGGGCAGACAAGGCCAUCGAGGCAGCUGUGGCCGAAACAGCUCUGGGGGCCGCCAUCGACGCCAAGAAUCUGGACGCCGCAGUUGGUAUCGUCAAGGCCUGUUACUCGACACAAGCAUUCUACCGGCAGAAGUUUUUGCGGAAGGCGCUUCUGCCCGUCUCGGCCGUGAGUGCGGCCCCAAUUGGGGUCUACGCUCUCGCCUCCAAUCUCUCGGCAUUCCAGAAUACAAUGGAGCCCGUGACGGCCACGAAAUUUGCCUUUGUCGCCAUUCUGGCCUACCUAGGGUUUACUGGCACGAUUGGGAUGGUUGCCAAAACCACAGUCAACGAUCACAUGCGACGAGUCACUUGGGCGCCCGGUAUCCCAUUGCACCAGCGCUAUAUGCGCGAAGAGGAGCGCGCUGCCAUGGAUGAUAUCGCAUGCGCGUGGGGUUACAAAGAGAAAUGGAGGCACGGUGAGGAGGGUGGCAUCGAAUGGGACUCCCUAAGAGAGUAUCUUGGUCUGAAGGGAAUGAUGCUGGACAGAGUUGAGCUGAUGGAGGGAAUGAGUUGA